CGGUGACUCAAAACAAACUUGUUUUGAUCGAACGUUACUAUUUGUAUAAUAUCUACAAAAUAAACAUUUUUUUAAGUCUAUUUGAUAAUAAAUCGAAAUGUUCAAUAGUGUGGUUGUAAUUUUAUCGGGAAUUUUAAUAGCUUUGAUAGGCCACAGCUCUGCACUUUGGUGCUACCAGUGUGUAUCCACGCAACCAGGAUGUGGAACACCCUUCAACUGGUUGUGGCAUUGGACAAAAGUCUGCCCGGAAAAUGAUGACGUUUGUGUUAAAAUUAUAGAAGAAAAAGACGGUUUGCAAGUGAUUACUAGGGACUGUUUGAGCAGUAUGCAGGGACUCCGCACCGACAUACCUGCAGAUCACUAUGAAGGUUGUAGACCAGCAGCUGUAGAUGUUAAACUAGCAAACUACGUCAACAACAGCAUCAAAGAACUAGAUAUUUAUAGAAAUCAUUACGAUAAAACAACGUGGUGUUUCUGUUUCUUGGACCACAGAUGCAACAAUGCGAUCACUAGCCAUCCAUCGUUUUAUAUUUUAAUUUUAGGAACGAUAAUUGCAUAUCGUUUGUGAUAAUUUUUGUUUUUAUCUUCAAACUAACAUAUUUAGAUCUGAAUUGAGAAUCAUUAUACAGGGUGUCCCAAAAAAGAAGACUAAUUAGGUAAGUCUUCAGGUACACACAAUUUCUUUGUUAUAGCUCCAAAAUUUUUCAUUUAAUGCAGUUUUUGAGAUAAGUGCCACUUUUUAAAAGACUAAGUAAUUGACUAUGACUUGUAAUUUGUGACUUGAAAAUCUCGGGCGGCUGUGGUUACCAGGUUACUUUUUUGGACACCCUGUAGUUUUAAGAUUUGACCUAAGUUAAAUAUUAACAUGACAAAGUUGAUAUUAGUGGGGCAUUCCAGGCUAAAUCGACAACUUUUAAACCUGACCCCUUUCGAUUUGACUGAAACUUUUUUAUUCUUUUCUACUCCAUUGAAAAUCUCUGAGAAUUUUGUCAAUGUUUUCUCCCCUCAAAAAAAUUUUUGAAGCUUUUUUUAAAAAAUAACCGUCUAAAAAAUUGUUGAUGUUUUUUUUCAAAAUUUUUG